GUUCAGGGCUUGAGGGGGGAGGGGGGAGGCGCCCAUCAGGACCCAGGCCUGAGGCAACAGUGGUGACUCCACUUUGCAUAAACCCUGCUGACCUAAGUGCCCUGGGGCUUGUCCCCAGCUGCCCACACCUCCUGGGUGCCCUAAGUGCCCAGACGGCCCUCCACCCUCACUGCAGUUGCAUUUCAGGGAUGCCAGAGACCAUGAUGCCUCUGUCAGAGCUGACACCACCUCACCUGAACCCCCACUCUGGGAAGGACAGGACGGCCACCUCCCAGACAAACCGGGUCUGGGCCCUGAAAAUGGUCCAAGGGGUCAAGGACUUUCCCGGUUGAGGGGGUUCCCCAGGCCUGGCUAGCCUGACCCUGACCCUGACCCUGACCCUGUGGGCCUACAGGGGGCGGGGGAGGGGGGGACAGAGAGUUCGAACUCUGAACCCUGGACAGGCAGGAGUCAGGGCACUAAGACCCUGGCUCUGCUUAGGGCCCCUCUAGGGCUGAAGUUUUCCGGGGCCUGUGGGGGAAGGGGCGGGGCCUCCUCUCCGCCUGGGAUCUCGUUUCCGUGGAAACCCACAGGCUUUCCACCCUGGCGCUGCCUGGGCAGGCUCCCAGCUGGGGCCUCAUCCACAGCCAGCCUCUCUUCCCCGUUCGGUCUGCUCCACCCCUGCCCCUCUGGGUCCCCUCCCUGAGUCCCUAUCCUCAGCCUGAGCCUCCGGCCUUCUCCCCUAGCCUCUGAUGCCUUCGGGAACCGGGGCCUCUCGCGCCCCAUCCCUAAACUUCAGCUUCUCAGCAAACAGGGCUCCCAAGCUCCCGCCCCUGCCUCUCAGGCCUCUCUAGCUCCUCUGCAGCUCUAGGGCCUGGCCAGGCCUCCUGCUCCUUCCACCUUCUCCCUCCCUACAGACCCACAGACAACAAGCCUCCUGGGCUGCACCCCCUGCUUACUCCUCUACCCCCCUCCCGCCCCCACCCAUGGAGCCCCCAGGACUGGUUGUGCACGGGGCGGUGGCGCCCUUUUCCACGGCACUCCGAAGCCUCGUCAACAACCCCCUGUACAGUGAUGUUCGCUUUGUGGUCGGUCAAGAACGGCAGGAGGUAUUUGCCCACCGGUGCUUGUUGGCGUGUAGAUGCAACUUCUUCCAGCGACUUCUGGGCUCGGAGAUGGGCCCUGGGGUGCCUAGCCCGGUUGUGCUAAGCACCGUGCCAGCUGAGGCCUUCCUGGCCGUGCUAGAGUUCCUGUACACCAACAGUGCCAAGCUGCACCGACACUCUGUGGGUCUGUGUGGCUGUCCCGUCUCAUUUCCCCCACCUCUUCUGGGCUCAGUUCACACCCUGCCUCACACACCUGCUAGCGUGGAGAGGACAUGCACCAGUAGAGAGAGAAGAGUUUUCUGUUCCCAGCUGUGCCUGGAGUUUGUGGUGAAGGUGCUGGAUGUGGAGCUAGUUUGUGAGGCUCUGCAGGUGGCCGUAACCUUUGGCCUGGGAUCGCUGCAGGAGCGUUGUGUAGCCUUCAUAGAGGCCCACAGCCAGGAGGCCCUCCGGACCCGUGGUUUCCUGGAGCUGUCGGCGCCAGCAUUGCUGCCCCUGCUGCGCAGCGACAAGCUCUGCGUGGACGAGGCCGAGCUCGUCCUGGCGGCCCGGAGCUGGGCACGGGUGGGCGCGGCGGUGCUGGAGCGGCCUGUGGCCGAGGUGGCGGCUCCGGUAGUGCGGGAGCUGAGACUGGCCUUACUGGCCCCUGCAGAACUGAGCGCCCUGGAAGAGCAGAACCGGAGGGAGCCACUCAUCCCGGUGGAGCAGAUCGUGGAGGCGUGGAAAUGCCACGCUCUGAGGAGAGGGGAUGCGGCCCGGGGCGCCCUGUGCCGCCGCCGGAGGGGCACCCUGCCCCGGGAGCAUCACCGCUUUCUGGACCCGCCCUUUAAGUGACCAAAGGCCACCGUGUCCGGGGACUUCGGGUCUCUGCCAAACUCCAGCUCCCGCCACGCUCGGCGCACGGAGACGGCUUCCGCUCCCAGCAUGCCGUGCGAGGAGGGCGCGGGAAGCGCGCGGCGGGGGCGGG